CAAAAUCCUUUGCAGAAGCAGCUAUACUAACACAGAAAUUGGCAUUUGAACGCUGGGGAAUUAUGGCUGAUUGGAAUAAUGUUUAUUGUACAUUUGAUCCUGAAUAUGUUUAUAAACAACUCCAUUUAUUUGCCGACCUAUAUGAAAAGGGAUAUAUUUACCAGUCCUACAAGCCUGUUUAUUUCUCACCAUCUUCAAGAACUUCUUUGGCUGAAGCUGAACUUGAAUAUGUACCUGAUCACUGCAGCCCGUCACUAUAUGUGGCCCUUCUUGCAAGUAAUCUUCCUAGUGCUAUACAGGAAAUUCUGAGUGAGAAUGGAAAUCCUAAUGUUUAUCUGGCAAUAUGGACAACAACCCCCUGGACACUUCCAGCAAAUGAAGCCAUAUGCUUUUCCAUGGAUGAGCAAUAUUCCUUAAUUAGGUUGACUGUUAAUCAACAGACUAUGUAUCUCAUAUGGGCAAAAGAUCUAUUGAAGGAACUGCAACAAUUUGCUUCAGAUUUAACUGAGAUUUGUUGCAUUAAAGGUUCGUUGCUUGCUGGUGUUACGUAUCGUCAUCCUCUCUCUGAAAGGCAGUGUCGAUGCCUUCCUGGUGAGCAUGUCACAGUAACUAAGGGCACUGGGUUAGUUCAUACUGCUCCUGCCCAUGGUCAUGAAGAUUUUCUUGUGGCAUUGCAACAUAAGAUAUCAGUGGAAUGCAAAAUUAAUCAACAAGGAUGUUAUGAAUCUGACUUUGGGCAAGAAUUAGAAGGAAAGAAUGUUUUAAUAGAUGCCAAUGAAGCAGUUACUGAGUUACUUAGUAAGUCUGAUGGUUGUGGAGGACCUUCUAUAAUUCUGAAUCAGGGAACGUUCAUUCAUUCUUAUCCCUAUGAUUGGCGUACAAAGAAGCCUGUUAUUAUUCGUGCCUCAAAGCAGUGGUUUAUUGAUACAGAUGAACUGAAAGAUAAUGCUUUGGAAGCCUUAAAAGAAGUUCAGAUAUACCCAAAAGACAUUCAGUCAGGGAUGGAAGGAAUGCUGAAAAGGAGGCCUUAUUGGUGUAUAUCAAGGCAGCGUGUAUGGGGAUGCCCCAUUCCUGUCUUCUAUGAUGCCACAUCCGAUGAGCCUGUUACAAGCAGGGAAAUAAUUGAACACAUAGUAAACUUGAUGAAAGAGAAGGGUGCUGAUAUUUGGUGGGAACUGUCUGAGGAAGAGCUCUUGCCACCAACUUUAGUGAAGCAGUACCAGGUAGAAGGAAAAAAAUUACCUAGAAAAGGAUCUGAUAUUCUUGAUAUUUGGUUUGACUCUGGUUCUUCAUGGUACAGUGUUUUGGGAAGUCCAUCAGCAGAUUUAUAUCUUGAAGGAAUCGACCAGUUUACAGGAUGGUUUCAGUCAUCUCUCUUAACUUCUGUGGCAAUAACAGGAAAAGCCCCAUACAGAAAUUUGUAUGUCCAUGGCUUCACUUUAGAUGAAGAAGGAAAGAAAAUGAGCAAGUCUCUUGGAAAUGUUGUUGACCCACAUGUCAUUACUGAUGGUGGUAAAAAUCAUCAGAAAGAUCCAGUGUAUGGUGCUGAUGUGUUGAGAUGGUGGGUCGCUGGACAUGUUACCAAUACUAAUAUGGUGAAGGUUGGAAAGAAUAUUUUAGACUCCUGCAGUAAGCAAGUGCAGAAAGUGAGGUUGACAUUGAGAUUUCUAUUAUCAGCCUUGGGUGAUUAUCAGCCUAGUCAACAUAGUCUUCCUGUUAGUGCCCUUAGACCUGUGGAUCAGUACAUGCUUCAUCUUCUUCAUAAUCACAUUGAAAAAGUAUGGGAGAACUACAACCAGUUUCAUUAUCACAAAGUAGUGAGCAGCUCUGUUGCAUUUAUCAAUGCUGACGUAUCUUCUUUUUAUAUAAAUCUAGUUCGAGACAGGCUUUAUUGCGAGUCUCGGUGGAGUCCCAAAAGGAUUUCUGCAUUAGUUGUAUUGCAGAACUUAUUAAAUCACUUGCUAUUCACAUUGGGACCAAUAUUACCACAUCUGACUGAAGAAAUUACCCUACACCAUCCUGUAAAAAAAGGUUCUAGUGUCUUUCAUCAGCAAACCUCUGGUGCUCCUAAGGCUUGGGAGCAACCUCAUCUGGCCAGCAUAGUUGAAGAGUGCUUGAAUAUCAAAAAAGAGAUCUAUCACCAGCAUCCUGAUAUGAUCCCUUUCAGUAUGGAACUUCACAUAACAGCUGGGGGCAAGAGUUUGAAUUCAUUGAAGGUAAUGCAGACUAGUGAAGAUUCACAGGAUUCUGGCCUUUGUGAACUAAUGCAGGCUGCAAGAGUUGUUCUUUUGGAGGAUGUCAAUGAAGCAUUAUCUUUCCAAGUAUGUGUUCCAGAAAACAGCAAAUGUUUGCGAUGUAGAAAAGUAACUGCCAGAACUAAAGAAGACCUUUGUAUACGUUGUCAAGAUGUGAUUUCAUCUGGCUGGUGAUGUUAAAUAAUUCAUGAAAUGUAAGUUCAUUUGUUUCACUAUCAUUCUGAACCUAGUAGUCUUUGGUGAUAGUAUAUAUUCUGUGUAAAUACAGUAGUACCUGUAUUUUUUUUUGUCAUAAAGUGCUGGGAAUGGCUGCUGCUUGAUCAUCAGUAAUGUCAUACAGUAACUUCUCACCUCAUGUUUUACUGUGACGGGAAUGGCAUACCAGUUUUAAUCAUUCUUUACCAUCUUUGGGUGGAUAUUUAUGGAAAUAUUUAUCAUUUAUUGUGGUAGUAAUGAUCUUAUUCUGUAAUGUUAUGUGUUCAAAGAAAAUAUUCUUGAUUGGAUAUGCACUUUAAAUUGCAAAUAGUGCAGUACAGGUGGACCUUCACUAAUCCAACACCAUAACACCAAUGCAACUCUUAGUAUUACUUCAUUACUGAAAAUAAAUUUUGAGUUGCACUUGGAUUACCUCCAAACAAUAGGUAACCACCUCAUCAUACUUCAAAAUAUCAUUUACUAUUUAUGUAUGCCUGUAAUUUCUAUUUAACAUUGCAAAAUGUUUAACCAGCCACACCUCUCCUUCCAUUACAAUUUUAUUAUAUGUUCCAUGUUAAAUGUGAGUCUUGAUCAGAUCGUUUGACUAUAUUUCACAUAUCAAAGUAAAUGUGAAGCUUAUGAUAUUUGAAACACCUUAGGCUGUUACUUACGAUCUUUUUUUUUUUUAUUCUUAAACAACAAGAAAAAAAUAUGUAACUGCUGUACAAGCCACAAAAGAAUGGGCUAUGAUAUGCUCACACAUUGCAGUUAUUGGUUAUAAAAAAGUUUUUAACAUUAAAAUAUCACAGAGUAUCAUUAAGUGAAUCAAAAAGUUACUUUAAUGAUGAAAAAUAAUAAUUGAAGGAACAUGAGUUUUAUUUAUUACUACAAUUGCACAAAUAGCUUCAAAACAUAGAGCUACAAUUCAUUGCUUGUAGAGUGGUACCUCAACAUUAGAUUUCAUUACUUAAUGGAAUACUUUGUUAAGUACACUAGAUUUAUCAGAUGCAGAAACAAACAUACAUAGCAGUUCUUAGAUAACUGAAUAUAAUCUGUUAAGCAUUCUUGAUUUUUUUAAGGUUAAACAAACAUGCCUGCCAUACAAUAUGGAGAAAUCUUUUUGAUCAUAAAUGCAAAGGAAUGAGAAGUUUGCAUUCCUUGUUCCUCAGGUCCACUAACACUGGGAAGCCUCUUCUAAAUAGAGUGCUGAACUGAAGCUACACUCUCCAUCCAGGAAAGUGAUGGAAGCAUCAGUUCAGCAGACUGUGGAAAAUGAUGGGGUGCUUCCUUCCUUUCAUCUAGGCCAAUGCUUCGUUCUUUUAAUCUUGAACACUACUAACAUUUGGUAUCUUGUGUUUCACCAUGUACCCCACCAUGUCAAAAGCUUGAUAUGUACUUCUCUAUAGAAUCUGAAAUUGACUGUCAUGCCAAAGGGAUCCUGACUCUGGGGAAAGAACUCUACUCUUAAAUGGUUCCAUGACCUGAAUUCCUAUGGAGGAGUAUCCUCAGGAGGAAGAAGAGUCCAUGGGGGAACAUCAGUCUCACUUCCUCCCCAUACCAGGGAUUUUGCUACUGGAGCAGUUGGUCAUUGAAGGACUGCACUAUUACUUCCGAGACUCCUCACAGUAGCUCUCAUUGCGUAGUCCAGCUUGUCCGCGGAAGCAACUUGCUUUCAUGAAGUCAUCUAAUUGGAACUUAUUUCAGUCCAACAAGGGCACCAAGUCUGAAAAGACCUUUAAAGGCAGCAACUCUCUUUUUUCAUUGCAUUGUUCAGCUGUACAUAUAGCGCUGUUUGAAGAGUAAGAUCCCAAGUUUGUUUAAAAGAAGAAAGUGGUCUGUUACCAUGGGAUAAUCAGGAAAUAAGUUAGACAUUUAUUUUUUAAUACAUAACUGAAAGUUAUCCCUUUGUUGG